UGAUACCUCUUAGCUUUGUUUAACCUCUAUGGUUAAAAAAAUGGAUUGAACACCUGGUCACACCUGCCAGGUAACUUCUGACUUCACGAGCGAGAGACAACUAAACCAGUGAUAAGAGACGGAAUAUUAUGUCGAUGAUGUGACCGAAGUGAAGUACACAGGAGGGAAUCAACUAAUGCGUCCAAACAUGACUUUUAACAACUGGAAGGACCUUUGUUAACAGUCAGAGUUGAGACAGUGCAAAACAAGUUCAGUUUAAGAACUCCAGAAUGUCAGGCCACGGUGGUGUAGUCUUAGAUUUACCUGAGGAGGUGACAUUUUUACCUGCAGAGCCACAAGUAGCAAGCAGUAAAAAGCCAGACAAUGAUAGUUUGAAGGACGUAAAGGAGAUUACACAUGAGGAAGAAGAAGACCUAAAGCAGAAGGAAGAUUAUGAAGAAGAAGAAGAAGAAGAGGUGAUCAGCUCUGCUCAUCUGGAGCCGAGCACUCUGCCGUGGCCUGGAGACAAAGACAAGAGGCCUCAGACAGAUGAUGACGUUGAGUCAGGGUCAGAAAAAAGAGUGUCAGAGCCUGAAGAGAGGGACACGGGGAUCAGCGGAGGAAGCCAGGACCUUUCAGAGGAACAGAGCCAAGCGGAGAGCGACCGAAAGCACAAAUCAAAGUGGAGGGAGAGCAUGCCGGAGGGAGAGAGAUGGAGGGACGAUGAGAUAGCGGUGCAGAGGGACGAUAAAGGGGAGGGCUCACUGGCAGAUGAUGAACACGAGGAGGAGGAGGAGGAGGAAGAAGAUGAUACAAACUGGAUGUCAGAGAAAGCUGCUCUAGGUUUCACUCCACAAGUGACGAUUGUGCGUCCGUCCAGCAAAGAGGUCCCUGAGGAGAGCCGAUUCUUCAUAGAGAGGGAUGAGAAAAAGGAGCCACAGAUGGAGACGGAGUCAGUCGCACAGUUUCAGCCAGAGUGGACAAAAGAGGACGACAAGUACUACCUGUGCGAGCAUCUGUGCAGUGAGAGACUGAGGCUGGCUCUGGCGACGGCGGCUGCAGCGAUCCUCUUCCCUCUGCUGGUGUGGGGAGGUUACGCCCUCCUGCCCUUUGACCCCCCGCUGCUGGGGAGCCCCCCUCUCAGGGUGGUGUACACACUGCAUUGCUCCUUCUUCGCCUCCAUCCCCCUCGUGCUCGGUGUGGUGGUACAGGGCGUGGCCAGGCUGCGCUACAGCACCCUGAAGCCCCUCUAUCAGAGCAAAAUGGUGAAUAAAGAGGUGGCGGUGCACUGGCACUACGUCAACGAAUCGCUCGCACUCUUCUUAUUCUUCUUCCUGCAGCUCGCUGUCUUGGCAACCUACGUCAGCCAGGACCUGGUCAAGUUGGUGCCGCUGCUCACCAUCAUUUUUGUUUUUGGCAGGUUGAUCUACUGGCUCUGCCUCUCUCUGGGCAGCACCAUCAGAGGCCUUGGCUUCGGCUUCUCCUUCCUCCCGAUACUGGUCAUGUUGGGAGCCAACCUCUACUACAUCUGCUCUUCGCUGGGACAGGGGGCGGUGUUUGACGUAGCCCCGCCCACCACAGCCCCUCCUCCCCAGCCGCGAUGGUGGGGUUAAAGGGCAAUGUCUGAAAAUGGCUGCGAGGCUUUAUGAAGAGACACAACUUUUUAUCUAACUCCAGACCUCUCUGAAGGACUCUGUUCUUUUGGAGUCUUUUAAAGACAGCAAGUACCUUUUAUUUCGACAGCACACACUCCAUGAGCAGCUGUUUUGUCAUAAUUUAAACUAAAGAAAAACACCUGUAAGCUUGCUGUUUGCUGCUGCUUCUCCACCUGCAACUCCCUUUCAAAAACUAGUAAUCAGUCUGUGUUUCCUGUGGCUGUGUCACAGUCAAAAGAUUCCCCAGGUAAACGUUUUGAAUGUGCAACAGCAAUUUGAAAAAGUUUCUGUUGGCAGAGCUAUUCUAAAGUGGUACCAGCUGUUGCACCAAGUAGAAGAUAAAGGUACAUUUUAUUUAAGGAACCCAAACAGAGUCCUUAUUUUAUUUAAAAAAUAAUCGUGCCUCCAGUUAUUUAAUUCUACGCUUAACUCAAUGUUAAUAUCUUCAAAACAGAUGAGUUAUAACAAAUUAACCCCUUAUAUGGUGUGUUAGAAUAAAGAAAAUACAUAUUCAGACCACAACAGUCUUUUUGUACCAGCCUGUAAACAUGUUAAACUCUUCUGUGAGAUUGGGCUUUUUGACAUGGGUGUUAAUGGGGUUUCGUGGCUUUUAGAGCCAGCCUCAAGUGGACACUCAAGGAACUGCAGCGUUUUGCACUUCCACGUUGGCUUAAUUUGUCUACACCGAAGAUUUUCUAUGGUAUCUGUUAUUUUAGAUUCAUGGUCUCUUGCAUGAACCUUUUGUUUUUCAUCUAUAAUAACUGUUCACAUGCAGUGGACACCAACAGUGAGGCUAAUACCAUUGAGAUGGAGAUGAACAUGUAUGUGAAUCUCUUGGCGUUAUGGAAGCAGUUUGAUUCAAGUGUGCACCAUCACCACCAAUAAAGAACAAUAGAUAGAGUGGUAAUCAUGGAAUAGACAUGCAUGAAAUAUGCAUGCAGAGAAGUGCAACACAAAUCUAUCAAAAGAUGGAAUUUAAUUUAAUGAAAGUCUCAAGAAUUAUAAGUUCCAGAUUAGAUCAGUUCUUUUUCUACAAAAAUAUGACGACGAGGAACAGAAAGUGAUAUAUUACAAACAUUGGUUGUUAAUAGAAGAAGUAAAAAUAGUUUAAAAUCACUGACAGAAGCACUUAUGUGUAAGUGAGAACUUCUUUCACUGAGUUUGUGUUUACAUGUUUUAUAAUCUUUAACUACAAAUCUUUAAAAGAGCAGUACCUUGUUUUGUCUUGAACUGAUCAGAUUCAGCUUUGAGUUUCAGUUUGAGGCACUCUGCUUGGAUGUGAGCUGAUAAUGAAGUCUUAAUAUUCAGUUUUUACAGUAGCAGUUGAUAGUAAAACCUCAAUCAUACCUACCAUUUAUCUAAGCAGCUUCUUGUCCUUGAAGGCUCCCGUAGCCUGUGGAGCUUCACCAACAGGAGGGGUGAGCAAGGGAGCGUUUCAGACUAUAAUCUGACCGCUACAUAUCCCUGAAUAUUCCCAUUUCUACACACUGUACCUUUAAAUAUGAAAGAUUUAAAGCCAUGUUUUUAUUAUCGUAAAGACUUUGUUCUUGAUGUUGAACAUUAAACAUUGAUCUGUUUUAA